AUGCUUAAUAGACUGUUCAUUAGUGGUGCGGAUCUAAGGGGCUGCCACACCACACUCUCUAGCACUUUCACUCAGCGCAGGUACUGGGCGAAACCGAAGAAGCGCCCCAAGGUGGGCCAAGGCUUCCAUGAAAAGGCACAAAAAUGGCGUGAAGAGUACCUUCUAGAUAGGCACCGCGUCCUUGCUGACAGCCUCCGUGCAUAUGUGGAGUUUAGCGCCUCAAAGCGCACAGAGCCAUGGGACACACGAUUUGAGCCCUUUGAUCGAGUGGAGAAAGAUGGUGCUUAUGUGCUAAUGCGAUACCUUAUGGAGGAUAAGUUCCAACUGUGUAAUUACCACCAUCGACCUGUCAAGCGAUUGUUUUGUAAUGUUGGACUCAUGGGGCCACAGAUAACAACGAAAGCACGAUGGAAACCAUAUCGCUAUGCAACGAAUCCUGCAUUAACUACGAAGGCCGAAAGGAUAUUUCAGAAGGACCAAACUGUCUUCACGCAUGGUCACAAUGAUUAG